AUGGCUUCCGAAGACCUCGACCACAGCCCGAAACCAAAACCCUUCUCCAUCUCCCUCGCUUCCUCCUCACAAAAGAAGAAAUCAUCCCCAUCAUCUUCGACGUCCACUACCAGACCCACAAAUAGCGCUGCCUCCUCUUCAUCCUCGAAACCCACACCCGAAAUCCUCCCUCGUCGCCCCCGCACAUUCCAGGACCAUGACUCCGAUAACGAAGACAGCCACCAACCUCCUGUCGUGGAGGAAGUGACGGGCUUCGACCGCGAAGCUGGCGGUGCCAUAAGCGCCCAAAAGCGUGCGGAGCAGGAGAAGCAACCGCUCGUCAUCAAAGUUGAAAGCAAAAAUAAUUGGCAGCAAAGACCGUGGCUGAGGAAGAGAGGGGGGUUGAAUUUGUUGCCGAAGGAGGUUAGGGCGCAGAGGGAGGCGGAGGCGAGCGGCAUCGUUGCUGCUGAUGAGACGACGGAGGCUGAGGGCCCGAGUAUGAAAUUUGGGCUAACCCUUGCUGGAGAAUUGGAGGCGGCAGGGGUAGAUGGCGAUGUCAAAAUGGCGGGUGCUGGCGGUGUGGAAAAAGAAAGGAAAGAUGAGGACAAUCGGGUUGAGGGGCAGGGGGAGGCACCUAAGAGGCCCUUAACGCAGGAUGAGAUUGCUAUGCAGGCUCUUAUACGUGAGAGCAAGGUAGAUGGGGAAGAAACGACGAGGCGGUCCGAUCUCGUUAUCCCUGGGAAAAGGAAGGAGAGGGAUGAGGAUGAAUAUGGAAAAGAAGAUUAUGGUGCGGAAGACGGGCGGUUUGAUGAGACGAAGUCAUUCCGUGCUGAUGUUGCGUCGAGGCCCGAUCCAGCUAGUUUGGCGGCUUAUAGUGCCAUUCCUGUGGAGGAAUUUGGGGCUGCAUUGUUGCGCGGUAUGGGAUGGAAGGAUGGAGAACCUAUUGGUAGGGGAAAAUAUGAAAGUUCGAAUGCGAAAGCUGCUACGAAGGCCCGCAUUCCAGAGAGGAGGCCUGGGUAUCUAGGCAUCGGAGCCAAGGAACUUCCGGGCAAGGAUAAGGCGGGUAGUGGUUCUGAAAUUGAGUUGGGCACUUGGGGCAAGUCGGCCAUGAGGAAGGCUAAGAAGCCUGGCGAGGGGCUUUAUACCCCUGUUCUCAUGAGGAAUAAGAAGACAGGGGAGAUGGUUACGCAGGAGGAGUUUAAUCGCUUGGUUAAGGCGGCUGGCGUGAAAGGAGGGAUCGGAAUUUGCAGUUGA